UAUAACACAUGUAUAUAGUGUAGAUUUAUUUUGAAUGUUUAAUAUUUAAAUUUAUGAAGCUAUAACUAAGGGGCGUUCUUCGAAAGAUAUUUUAAUGUACCAUUGAGCUAAUAUCCUUAAACACUUUCUUUUCGUAAUCCCUUUUUAUUGCCUCGGCUUCCCUGGUCCAUGACGGAUUGUUUUACAUAGCUACAUGCCUAAAACUGCACCGAAGUUUUACAGUUUUAAUUCAGGACUUAACGAAGUUUAAAACAUGUGAUUUACAUGAAGUGUUGAGCUAAAUCUCCGGCGGCCGAUAUGACGCAGAUGCUAAAUAUCGACGAUCUGAAGGAGGAGUAUCUGGUUUGUGACGUAUGCGGGGACGAAUAUGACGAAGAUCACCGUGAUCCGCGUGUGUUGCCAUGCUUACAUACAUUCUGUGGUAGAUGUCUGGAAGGAAUGGUCAGGGACUGGACACUCACGUGCCCUACGUGCAGAAUCAAACAUAAUGUUCCCGGAGACAGUGUAAAAAACUUCCCGAAAGAGCACACAAGGCGAAGUCUUCGCGACUUCAUUCGUCUAAAGCGGAAGACCCAUAACAUACCAUGCAGGGACUGUCCUGACAGUGGAUCAGCUGUGUACUUCUGCAAGGAUUGCCAGACAUUUAUGUGCGCCGAAUGCACGCAUGCGCAUCUUCGAAAUUUUCUGUCAAGAAAUCACCAGAUUGCAAACUUUGAACAGCUUCGAAAGUAUGGUUUAGAAACAUUCCAAAGAGAGUUGACAUGCUCAGUACCAGGCCACGAAGGACAACCUCUGUCACAUUAUUGCACGGCUAAAGUAUGCUCCAAACCGCUGUGCAAGAUGUGUACAGUUCUUGACCAUGAUGAGUCCAAAGGGCACGUGAUAAAAAAGAUACAAGAUGUUUAUGAUGAAGAAAGGCAAAUCGUGAACGAAAUGACGAAGAAACUAGAAGACAAAAUAUCCUUGGCUAAAGGCGUCAUGAAGGAGACAGAAGACGAACAUUCGACUUUGGCUCAGAAGGAAGAUAUAAUGAAACAUGAAAUUGAUAUAGAAAUGGAUGCCGGGAUAAAGAUGUUGGAAAUAAGACGUAGAGAGCUGAAGGACAACCUAACAGGCAGAAUAAAGGAGAAGAAAUCCGUCUUACAAAAGCAAAGGGAUUAUUUAAGGUAUUAUCUUUCUCUUAUGUCCAGCGCCAGAGAAUUUUCCUCUCAUAGUCUCGUUCACAGUAUGCCUGCAGAGUUUGUUCAAUUGACCAAAACCAUUAAUAAUCGACUAGGGGAGUUAAAGGAUCAACAUCUCGACGUAUGCCCAUUAGAGAACUCAUACGUUACGUUUGACAGAAACUCAAUGGGUCAAGAUUUCAAGAAUUUCGUACUGGGGAUGGGGCAGAUUCGCUCAACUGCAAUCUACCCUCCAAAAACAUCCGUCGAAACGCUAGAAGCUCCGUUAGGUCAAGAGACGGAGGUGAUUAAGGUGUUUUUGUACGAUGCGAAAGGGCGACCGCAACGAGAUAGUUUUGAUGCUAUAAGCGUCGAGAUAAAGGAUACUAAAGGAAACGUUGUCCCUUCCCGCGUUGUGGAUGCGAAAACCGUAGAUGGAUGCUACAAGAUUGUAUGCAAGCCAACAACGCAUGGUACCCACAGAGCUAGAAUACGAGUGUUGAAUAGACCUGUAAAUGAGGAAGGAUUCCAGUUUGUUGUUAGAGCUCCUGGUGAAAUUGACAAGAGAUUUGGCGAUAUAUUGUGUGUUGGCUUCUUGUUUGAUGCUGAAACUGCACAUCAUGAACGAGCUAUUUCACUGGAUGGGAGGAAUAUGCGAUCUGAUAUAGAGACACUAAGACGUGUGGCUGGCCUAAGGCUUAGGAACAACCGUGGAAUCGCUAGAGGACGGCGCAGGUUCCCCUGGGAACUGGAGUCGGCUAAACAGAUGAAGAUGAAGGAACGGGACAUGGAUAAAGAAGCCCAGACUAGCAUGAUCAAGAAGUCUGUAAAAAUGGACUCAAAAUUCACCAAGAACAAAACACAAGACAUAGACGAGCUUGAUAAAGAUCGCAGGGAGCGUAUGGAUUCUGAAAUGGAAGCGGAUUAUCUUAAUACUAGUGAAGCCGACAGUAGAAAGGCGCUGACUCGCCCUGCUCUCUUACCAGAGAAGUCAAUAUGGUCUAAAAAGUUGAAGAAGUACUCCGGUGUUAUUGCAACAAAAUUCCUCCGCGCUCCUGGAAAAUUCUACUGGGAAGUACAAGUAUUUUACCGUAUCCACGUGUCCCUGCUGAGGAACGCUCUUUUGUUUGAGAUAGGUAUAUCUAGACUGGAUGCUGUACACAGUAGCUUCUAUGUAGGAAGUCAGACCUUUGCUUGGUCAUUUUCAGCUGAAAGAUGCAAUGAUCAUAAACAGGUUUGCCAUAAAUUCCGGCAUAAAAGACAGUUGUUAGCCCACCAUCCAAUAACGAGCGAUACUGCUGGCUCCACCCAUCAUGCGACAUACGGAUUUUUAUUGGACACAACGAAACGUGAAUGGACGAUUAUUGACGUCAGUCUAAGGAAAUUGUUGUUCACUUUUCAAAAUAUUGAUACUACGGAACCGCUUUGGCCUGUGUUUGGAACAUACAAUCCUUACUCGGUUCACGUGGAGCUGACACUGAAGACCGGGCGAGACAUCAUGGCUAUCCCUGAUAUACUGAGGCCGGGCAGCGCCAAUAGCAAGACUCAGCCGAAAACUGUAAGGAAAAAGAAACUACCAUUUGACAUCGUUAAGUAAAAGAAUAAGAAAAAUCACAGUUGUAUGCUAAAUUAUGUUUGUUAAAAUAUAUACUAGGACUGGCCUUCUUUCCUAUAAAUGUGGUGUUAUUUGGAGAUUUGCAAAGAGGCAAGAGUGUGUUUUAGUUUAUCCAUGGAACGAUGCACAUGAAGUAUUUGAACCCCUUGAAUCGAUUUUCCAAGUACGUCUUCGCUUUACAUUCAUGGAAGUAAAAGCAGUCGACUAUAAAUUACAGGUUGGGUUUUAUUCUUGUUUACGAUUAGGAGUUUUGUCUGUGAUACAUUUUGUCAUACUCAUACAUUUGAUAUGUCGAACAAAUUUCAUGAAAUUGUUUUAAGUUGAAAACAUUUUAUGUGAAUAUAUCAGCAGCAGCUGUUUCACAUUGAGAUAUUCCUGUACAUCGAUAUGUUUUAAAACAAGUUAUGGAAAAACAACAUGCUAUAUAUUACUUCUUGUAAUAUUGUGAAAAGGUUUAAGAAAUGUUUUGGCAAUUGUACAUACCACAUACAUCUUGCCGAAAAGACAUUGGCAUUAAAACAGUCCUAUCCUGUCUAAAACCUUAAUGGUGUUUCUCUUAGUGCUCUAAUUUCUCACUUCUGCAAAGACAUAUUGAGUAAUGCAUUGGGUUUUUAGCUCCCCUGUUACGUAGUGACCACUGGCACCAGACCAGAAAGAAAAUGCCUCUGUACAUGUUAUACUCUACCCCUAGGUAUUCUAUAAGAACCAUGGUCAUGAACGGGAAAAUAUACUAACCAGUUUCAAUCGUACAUAUCUCAACUUAAACGCGCAGUUCGGUGAAUGGGUACCUAGUAUAUUGAACAAGCGAUAAUUUAUCUUCCACCGUGCAUCAGUCACAUUGUCUCAAUAUUCCAUAUUGCUGAGGUUAUCCACAUAUUUUAUGCUUUCGUCAACGUUACAGAAAAAACUUGCGUGACCUUCCCUAGUGAACAUCCGGUCUAGAGGUCACGGCAGUGUGCACAUGUUAGGCGAAACGUAAACAAACAAAAACAGAAUUAAAAAAAAUCACAAUUUUACACUAAAACUCGAAAUGAUGAAUGAAAUUCAUCUUUUAUAUGAUUUUUAAUUUGAAAUCAUACAUUGGUCUACAUCUGUUCUGUGUAUUUUAUUCAUUUAUGCUGCAUUUUCACAUAUUAGCGAACACGUGUAGUAAAAUGACGAUUGGCAUUCAUUUUCACAACAGCCAAUCAGAAUGGUUUUGUAAUCUAGAACGGGGGAAGGUCACCAGGGAAGGUCAAGCAAGUUUUUUGUGUAACGUUGAAAAAACAAUAAACUACGCGUUGUUUUUGUAAGAUAAGAAGUAUUGAAGAAAUGUGACCGGUACACAAUUGAAGAUAAAUUACCACUUGUUUGGUAUCCAUAGUACACAUUUACCGAACUGCGUGCUUUAGGCAUGAAAUGCGGGAUUGAAACGGGUUAGUGUAUUUUCCCGUUCAUGACCAUGGUUCUUAUAGAAUACCUAGGGGUAGGAUAUAACGUGUAUAGAGGCAUUUUCUUUCUGGUCAGGUGCCAGUGGUAGUGACAAGGUGAGCGUUUGUGAUCACUCUUCGUCCGUCUUCCGUCCGUCCACAAUUUCUUGUGAACACGAUAGAGACCACAUUUUGCAGCCAGUUUUAAUCAAACUUGCAUACAACUUGUAUUGGCAUAAUAUCUCGGAUUCUUUCGAAAACUGGUCAGAUCCCAUCGUGGGUUCCAGAGUUAUGAACCCUUAAAUGGCCAGAAUUUGCUAUUUUGGGCUUGUGGACACGAUAGAGACCACAUUUUGCAAUCAACUUUAAUCAAACUUGCACACAACUUGUAUUGGCCUAAUAUCUCGGUUCCUAUCGAAUACUGGCCAGAUCCCAUCAUGGGUUCAAGAGUUAUGGCCCCGUAAAAGGCCAAAUUUGCUAUUUUUGGCCUGUGAACACGAUAGAAAAUACAUUUUGCAAUCAACUUUAAUCAAACUUGCACACAACUUGUAUUACCAUAAUAUCUCGGAUCCUUUCGAUAACUGGCCAUAUUCCGUCAUGGGGUUUAAAGUUAUGGCCCCUUAAAGGGCCAAAAUUUUCUAUUUUGGCAUGUUGCAGCCAUAUAGAGACUGCAUUUACGGUUUGAUUUGAUACAAACUUGCAAAAUAUCUUUAACAACAAUAAAUCUUGGAUUCCAUGAUGAAUCUGUUAGAUCCAAUCAUAGGUUCCGGAGUUACGACCGCUGAAAGAGCCAAAAUUUGUUAAUUUUUACCUUGUGAACACGAUAGAAGUGACAUUUUAUAUUUGAUUUUAACCACACUUAAACACAACUUAAGUCACAAUAAAAUCUUGGUUCCUUUCGAAAACCGGCUAGAUUCCGUCAUGGGUUCCAGAGUUACUGCCCCUGAAAGAGGCAAAAUUUUCUAAUUUGGCCCUUUCAGCCAUAUGAAGGUUUCAUUUAUACUUUGAUUUGAAACAAACUUGCACAGAAUGAUUAUCUUGAUAAUCUCUAGGCUUGGAUCGAAACUGGGUCAUGUCGGUUCAAAAACUAGGUCAUCAGGUCAAAUCAAAGGAAAAGCUUGUUAACAACCUAGAGGCCACAUUUAUGUCCCUAUCUUCGUAAAACUUGGUCAGAAUGUUUAUCUUGAUGGUUUCUAGCCCAGGUUUGAAACUGGGUCAUAUGGGGUCAAAAACUAGGUCACCCGGUCAAAUCAAAGGAAAAGCUUUUUAACACUCUUGAGGCCACAUUUAUGAACCUAUCUUCAUGAAACUUGGUCAGAAUGUUUACCUUGAUGAUUCCUAGGCCAGUUUCGAAACUGGGUUAUAUGGGGUCGAAAACUAGGUCACCCGGUCAAAUCAAAGGAAAAGCUUGUUAACACUCUUGUUCAUUUGAUGUGCAUGAAACUUGGUCAGAAUGUUUGUCCGCAUGAAAUAUCGUUUGAAUUUUCAUCUGGGUCAUGUGGGGUCAAAAACUAGGUCACCAGAUAAAAUCAAAGAAUAAGCUUGUUUACACCCUAGGGGCACAUUUUUGAUUCUAUCUUCGUAAAACUUGGUCAGAAUGUUUGUUAUCAUUAAGUCUUGGAUGAUUUCAGAUCUGGGUCACGUGGGUCAAAAACUAGGUCACUAGGUCAAAUCAAAGGAAAAGCUUGCACACACUCUAGAGGCCACUUUUUUGCUCCAAUCUUCCCGAAACUUUGUCAGAAUGUUUCUUUUCAUGACAUUUUUGACAAGUUCGAAUCUGGAUCAUAUGGGAAAAAAAACUAGGUCACUGCGGUAAAUGAAAGAAAAUGCUUGUUUACACUCAAAAGGCCACGUUUUUUGGUCCAAUCUUAAUGAAACUUGGUCAGAAUAUUUGUCUCCAUGAAAUCACUAGGUAAACAUGUUUACACUGUUAUGGUGUGUUACUCAGGUGAGCGACCUAGGGCCCUCUUGGCCCUCUUGUAUUUAUAUGUCUUUACAUGAUUAUAUUUGUAUAUUUGUGAUUCACAGUCUCUUUACAUAAACAUAGUCGGGUUUUAUAAUCUGUCCUUGUUACUGCUACACUAGCGGUAAUUAAUUUUAUUUACAAGUAGGUGUAUUACUCGGUCUUCUGUUAAGUUAUAUAGUGGGGGCUUACGUAAAGUUAGAGUAAGGGUUAGGUUGCUAAUAAACCGGAUUAAACUCCCCAUGGUUGUUUUUUGCUAUUACGCACUGCUGGAAUAUUAUAUUGGGGAUAAUACAUGUUUAUUGUGCUUUGAAGUCUGCAGAAGCCCGUGGGAUAGUCUGUGAUCGGGACCGAAGGUCUUGGACCAAUUCAAGGCGAUACCCUGCUGCGUUCCCAUUGUAUGAGUUUGGGUUUAUUUUCUACAUCUUUGUUAUUUACUAUUUUAUUCAUCUUUUAUUUUUGUAUAUGUAUACAUAUUUUGUGUGCUGUAUGAAUGACAAUUUUACUGGAAUGAGACCAUUCCCGUUUCUAUAACCAGAUACAAAAACAUUCUUAACUCGCCCGCCUCAUUUAUUUUGUUUCUUUACUAAAGACGUUUUAAUUUUAGAAUUAAAACAAAACUGUGCUGGUAAACAAUAAAUGCAGAAUAUUUUUAUUCAAAACUCUUAUGUAAGGUUUUUGAAUUACUGUUCAAAGGUACACAUUAUUUAUUGCUUUCUGUGAUACUAAAAGUACAUGUAUGUGAUAAAAAUAAGCGUUCGAUUUUUUAUUUUCAUAUAUUGAAUGUGAUACAUUAUUCAAUAAAUUUCUAUUAUACCAUGUAGGUGUAAACAAUGAGUGUGGAUUAAAAUCAAUAGUUUGUAA